AUGAAGAAAGGGCGAGGGCGUCCAAAAUCCACGGUGCCCCCGCCACCACCAUCAGUUUCAACUGCCAGUUUGACGACUCCUCAGAAUGUUUCAAGAACUACACUACCAUCUGACUCUAGCUUGAAGGCGCAUGAGUUUGGAUCAAAAGCUGAGAAAGAGAAGAUAACCCUAACUGAGGAAGAAACGACACCCACAAUCGAAGAUGCAACUAAAGAACCUGGAAUAGAAACGCCACAAGCUCAACCGGAGGAUCGAAAACAAUGGGUAGACAUUAUAAAUGACAACCGGAAUCCUUCUAAGGGACUGACAAUGGAAUACGUCGCACCAAAAGUAGUCAACGGAAUGAUUGAGAUCGCUAUUGAACAAGAAGAUAUCGAAACGGAAAUACGCUUUUGGGAUAAUGCCCUAAUUCUUUAUGUCGUAGGAGGUGAUUUGAGUAUGAACAUGGUGAAGAAUUUCAUGCAGAGAAUGUGGAAUUUUGUGAAAAUACCAGAUCUUUAUUACCACGACGACGGGUACUUUCUGCUCAGAUUCAAUUCCCAGAAAGACAAGGAAACUGUGAUGAUGAAAGGUCCGUACACGAUUCGAAAUAUGCCCAUGAUACUGAAGGAGUGGCAAUCAGGGUUCAACCUAAAGAGGGACCUGCUAAGAACACUCCCAAUUUGGGUAAAACUCCCCCAACGUCCCUUGUAG